CAUACGUGUCAAGCUAAGAAGACGGUGAAGAAGAACAGACGGAGCAACAGUCGAAAGUGGAUUUAUAGAAAGGCCUUUUUCGCCCGUCUUGCUUCAUUUCUACGUUGGUGAACCUGUCCAGAGGGAAAGCCAAGAUGAAUGUAUUUGACCGCAACAUCAACUUUGAUGCCCUUUUUAAAUUCUCUCAAAUCUCUCGUUCUACACAGCAGCACCUGAAGAAUGUGUACUCCUGUCUGGCCGUGUGCAUGUUUGUGGCGGCAGCUGGAGCUUAUGUGCACGUCGUCACCAGGAUCUUCCAGGCUGGCAUCCUGUCCAUGCUUGGGUCGCUGGCAUUGAUUGGUUGGCUGGCCAUAACUCCCCACACACCGCAGACUGAGCAGAAGAGACUGGCCAUCCUGGCCGGCUUCGCCUUCUUAACAGGAGUUGGUCUUGGGCCUGCUAUGGAUUAUGUCAUCACCAUUAACCCAAGCAUCAUUGUCACAGCCUUCCUGGGCACCUCUAUCAUCUUUCUCUGCUUCACCCUGAGUGCUCUCUAUGCCAAACGCAGAAGUUACCUGUUCCUGGGAGGCUCUCUGAUGUCUGGUCUGUCCAUUCUUCUGCUGGUGUCCUUCCUCAACAUGUUCUUAGGCUCAGUCAUGCUUUUCAAGGCCCAUGUGUACCUAGGCCUGGCCAUCAUGUGUGGAUUUGUGCUCUUCGACACUCAACUCAUCAUCGAGAAAGCUGAGAUGGGAGACAAGGAUUACAUCUGGCACUGUGUGGAUCUGUUCCUGGACUUUGUGACCAUCUUUAGGAAGCUCAUGGUCAUCCUGGCAAUGAAUGAGAAGGACAAGAAGAAGGAGAAGAAGUAGACAUCACUGGAAUCAAGGCCACCUGUGAGCCAACGUGGCAUCAGAGAACACUGCUGGUGCAGUCACUUAAAUGCUUCAUUAUGAGUUUCAUUCUUCUGAAUUACUUCAAUAUAGUGUCUUAAUUAUUAUUGUUAUUAUUAUUAUUAUUAUUAUUAUUAUUAUCAGUGAUAAGAUUUGGGUUUGAGCUUUAGGCUAAGGUUGAUGACUGAGAUUAGAUGUAAUGAUGUGAAAAGGUCCCUGUGAUGUAGCAUUUUAAAGUUGUUUUUGAAGGGAUGGUGUAAAUGAUGAUGUGAACUAAAGCAAAAUUAUUUGGGUAGUUGAAUUACUUCUACUAAUGGUGUUUCUCCCCAAGGAGUUUUUUAUUUUAUGAGACCUCUGAGGGGAAACGCAAACAGAACAGUUUAGCUCUUAACAUCUAAAUGCCUCUAUUUAAUCCUAACCUUGAGUAGGACAACAAUGCCUCAAAUCAUAUUUUAAACAUCUCUUUUUUUGUAUAGCAGGAUCCUAAAAACCAACACCUUAACUAGUAAGUGUAGUUAGAGGCCUCUGUUUGUUGUUUGCCACUGUAUAUAACAUCAAGGACACGUCUGACCGCAAUUUGGUGACUUCCAAUAUUGUAGGUAACCAGUUGCCAUCCAACCUUACCAAUCCAACUUAAAUAUUGUCAGCACACUCUUAAAACGAAUGUGUUGAAAAUAACUAAUUUUUAUGUCCUGAUAGGGACAACACUGUUUGUGUUGUUUCUAACACAUUUGUUUUAAGAGUGCAGUCUCAUCUAACUAUUUGCUUGACCAAAAUGUCUCGAACAGUGAAUUCUAUGAUGCAUAAUGAAGGACAUUAACCCUUUGUUGCCAUGUCUUGUUAAUAUCAUUAUUAAUAUUUGUAACCAACUUAAGACAACCAUUUUUUUCCAGCUAGAAAUAUAUAUUUUUACAGUUUUACCAAUCAGUUCAUAACCUAUAGGUUUCACAGGCUGCUUUAGACUCUGUCAAUUUUGCAGUGUCUGCAUCGCGUUCAUGACUUAAUUACGGAAGAGACAUUCUAUUUAUUUGGCGAAGAGUAGUCCUCUCUGUGUGCUACUUAUGCCCCCUUCAAAUCACUGAGCACCGUGUGAGUGUUCCAAGCACUCAACAGUGCAUUUGGCUCAAAGUUAAUCUCAGACAAAGAAAACAAAUGGCAACCAUGCCAACACUUGAUAAGACUAUAUUGAUUACAUGUAAUUGCAAGCACAUAGAAAUGUCAAAUUAGCUAAAUCUAUUCAAAUGUCAGUGAUUCUUUGUUUUUUAUUUUUUGUUUAAAUUUUGUGGACUUUCUUAUGUCUGUGGUUAUUGUGAAGAUUUCCAUUGGUGUAGUCCACAAUGCUGUAGAGAAAGUGAUGGAAAUGAAAGAACACGUUUUUUUUGAAAAGUGUAAUAUUUUUCCAGAUGUUUAUCCUGUAGAUUUGACCAAUUAUUUGACGCAUUUGAGAGGAUUUGUUCAACCACCACUGCACUGCACUCGCUGUGCAUAGUUGCUAAAGCAUUAGUCACCACAGCUGUUUCCAUUUUUAUUUUGUGGGUUGUAAAGUUUAUCCACAAAUAAUUUUUGAUACCAACCAAAUUCAGCCCUAUUUAUCCACCCAGUAGACAUAAGUGAUUGUCUCAUUCAGAAGGCUUUAUUUUCUUAGAAAGUGCCAAGUACAACAACAUACUGAAUCUGAAUUACUGAAUCAUCAACAAAUUACUAAUUAACUGUAGUGUCAACUUUCAGUGAACAAGGCAUAUCUUAAACUGUGAAGAUAAUCCUUAUUAAUUGUUAUUUUACUUGCUUUUCCAGGGAUUGCUGUUGUAAUUCAGAUAAAUUAAUGUAAGAGUUAAAAUUUGUUAAAAUAAACUUUGAUUACAUGA